CGCGCCAAAAAACUGACAAAAACCGGAGAACACAACGUGAAUUGGGUCCACACUCACGCUUCUCGUGGUUUCUCGCCUUUUCGUGUGGAGCGGGCUUUAGAUUUAUAAUGUUAACUAUCUGUGCCUUAGCUUAUAUCUGUGGCUAGAAUAAUGGUGGAUUAAAAUGAAUGAUAUGAAGUAAGAUAUGGUUUGGCAGCUUGGUCGCAUUUAGAUUUUAAACAUUCAGUAAAUUGUUUAUUUCUUAGGAAUAAUAUGAUUCCCAAUCAUAAACAUUUUGUUUGUAGUUAAUUGUGAACUGCACACGAUUUAUUAAUGUUUAUUAGCUAACUGCCGUACUUUAUUUUUGAACUACUGUUAGUGACAAUGAGUGUGAAGGACUUGUGUAGACUUUGUGCUAAAAGAGAAGACUUAUCAAAAGACUUGUUGGACAGUAAUAACAAGAAUGUGUUAAAAUUGAUACAAGAUCUAAUUCAAAUAACAGUAACUGAAGGUGACAGUUUGCCUACUAAGAUAUGUCUAAACUGUGAAGAAAGAAUAGUAGCAUUCCAAUUGUAUAUUUUAGAGUGUUAUAAGGUUCAAGAAAAUCUAAAGAAAGUCUGUGCAGAAAACUUAUCUGUCAAAAUAGAAUAUGAAUUACUUGACUUUGAAAGUUCAGUAAUCAAGUCAGAGGUGAAAGACGAGUUGAAUGCUGAAGAUAUUGUUUUAAGUGCAAUCAAUAAUGUAUCUUCAAUAUCAGAGUAUGAAGGUGAGGGUUAUGACAAUUUUGAUGAUCAAUUAGAUACUACUAAUUCUGACCAAGAAGAUGAUGAAGGUGACAAUGUUACACUUGCUCAGCUUAAAAAAGAAAAAGUUGGAAAAAGGAGAAAAGGACCUAAUAGGAAUACAACCAUAUUGAAGGGAAACCCAAAAAAAUCAAAUUUGAAUAUAAAAGACUAUGUUCAAAUGGAGUGUGAUUUGUGUGGCCUUAAAGCAAAAUCUUGGACUAGUUUACAAGAACACCAUUCAGAAAUACAUAAUGGCGAACUCACUCUUGUCUGUAUUUGUGGAUUUAAAAUAAAUUCCAAAAGUGUUUUGUACAAUCAUGUGCUCAGCCAUGAAAUGCAAUCUGGAAACUUAAUUAAUAAAUCAGAUGAUGAUGGGAUUAUCCAAACUGAUCUGAAUUAUUGUGAUCUCAAAGCUAAACAUUUUGUUAAAUUGAAUUGUAAUAUUUGUGGAGAAAAAGCAAAAACAUGGGCAGUAUUAGAAGACCAUUAUACAAAUGUUCAUCAAAGUAAAAUGCUGGUUUCAUGUUUGUUAUGUGGUUUUAGCAUUAAAUCCAGAAGUGUGUUAUACAAGCAUGUAUUGGAACACAAAAUUGAAACAGAAAAAUCAAAAACAGACCUAGAGGAGCAAUUAGAAAAACGAACAGAUUAUUGUAAUCUUAAAGUGAAAGAUUUUGUGGAUUUUUCAUGUCUAAAUUGCAAUAAAAAGUUUACAAGUUGGUACAGUUUAAAAGCUCAUACUCAAUCAAUACAUAAAACUCAGCCAAUGGUCCGAUGUGUAUGUGGUGUAUCACUUUCGUCCAAGACUGUUUUGUAUAAGCAUGUACAAGAUCAUAAAAAUCCUAAUUCUUUUUGUUGUGAUAAAUGUCCAAGAAUAACAAAAACUCUCGAGGCGCUGGAUAAACACAAAAUGAUGCAUGUGCCAAAAUCCGAUCGGAAGUUUUAUUGUAGCUCGUGUGACAAAAUAUUUAAUACUAAGGACAGCCUAAAGUCUCACGAAAAAUCACAUAUACCAAUUGAGGAAAGAAAAGUAUACCGCUGUGGCAUAUGCGAUAUGAAGUUCACCACCAGGUCCUCGGCAGCCUCGCACAAGCGCGUGGUGCACGACAAGAUCAAGAGCUACGUGUGCGACCUGUGCGGGUACGCGUGCGGCACCAACGGCGAGCUGCGCCAGCACCGCGCCAUACACAGCGAUGAUAAGCCAUUCGUCUGUAGGAAGUGCUAUAAGUCAUUCAAGACUCAUUCCAAUCUAUCUACACACAUGGAUACUCACGAAGAAACAUCCUACACUUGUGGAGUGUGCAAUCGAGUGUUGAACAGUCGACGAACGCUUCGGAAACAUCUGUUGGUGCACGAGGAGAGAUGCAGGCAUGUGUGCGACUACUGCAACAAAGCAUUCAAGAGGAGGCAGACUCUAAAGGUUCAUUUAUACACGCACACUGGCGACAAGCCUCUGACGUGCAAGUGGUGUGACGAGCGGUUCGCAUACGCGUCCACUCUGCGCUCGCACCGCAUGCGCUGCCACCCGGACAAGAUGCCGCCGCCGAACUCGCACCAAAAUACCUAUCGCCAAUACGAACAUGUUCCACCAGAGGAGUACAUCAAAAGUGACCUGGCAGCAAUCGGUUUAGAAAAGGAUCAAACUGAAACUAUACUAACUACCUAACUUAAUGGUACCUGUAACAUACGUCAAAUCACACGAUUAUAUACUGCACUGUAAUGUAAUAAGUUACUGUAGUUAUAUUAGUUAUAAGGUAUAUUCGAAGG